UUAAGUAUGAUAGCGUUGUAUAAACAAAUAACUUUUUUUUAACUUAAUAAAAAGUUAACAAAAAGUGUGUUUUAACUUAACUGAGUUAACCUAUAGGGCUAAAAUGCACUUUACCACCACAUGCAAAUUUUUUGAUUUUGUUUUUUUUUGGAACAUACUUGUUUUAAUUAUUUAAGAACAAUGGUACAAUCAGAAUUUGUCGGUAGGCCUUGGUUUUGAAGUUAUGGCCUUUGGAAGUCAGCAAUUUUUCGUUUUUUACGCAUGAGCGCUACGCUACGUUUAUCGUGUUUUUUUAUCGUUGUCCGAGCGCAGCGUAGCGAGCGAGUGCAACGCUAGCACAUUAUGUGCUUUUGAACAUCUUUGUUUAAUAUCGAGGCCUACCCAAGGUGGUUUUACACACCAAAUUGGGGGAUAUUUUUGAUUUUUUUGUCCGAGCGCAGCGCUGUUCGGGCAAAUUGUGAUUUCACCAUCAUUCUUAAGUCGUUAAAAUACGUAUAAAAAAAAUUUGAAAUUAACUAUAGGCGUUGCGCGCGACAUUAAAGUAGUGUGGCGCACAUGCGUAUAUACGUAAUAACGCAAACUUUGGAUGGCUAUAACUUUUAAAAUAAUGGUUUACGACAAAUUCUGAUUGCACCAUUGUUCCUAAAUAGUUAAUAUAAAUAAGUUCCAAAAGAAAUAAUCGAAAAGUUUGCAUGUGGUGGUAAAGUGCAUUUGCUCCAGGAAAUCGACCGUAUGAUUUGCUGGCGAUGCGGAGCGGUGUUGAUGACAAAAUUUGAUUUUGUUGAUAAAUGAUAGGACGUCGACGAUGAUAACAAAAAUAACGGUCACUUCGUACGGUCGACCAAUAAAAGUGCAAAACGCAGACACUUUGAAUGGUCGGGUAUAAAGGUACAUUGCUGAUUGCGGAUACUUUGUACAGUUGGGUAAAAAUGUUCAAUUCAGACCGCAGACACUUUGUACUAUUAUAUACAUAAACCAUAAGUAGUGUAAAUACAAGUUAUAUAUCUAAGUAAUAAUUAAAAUGUUGAGAUACAGAGGAAAUAAAUUAACACUUAAUACCUAUUGUAAAAUAAUUGGAUUCAUUUCCUAAGGUUUAAGAAGAAAGUUAUGAACCAUCUAUUUAUAGUAAUGUUACAAUGACAGUUAGGAUUAUGGUUAUUGAUUUCUGAAAUACAAUAUGUUUUACAAGAACAUUAUAUAUACAGAUUUGUACCAGACACGGACUAUGAAUCUAAACUUCCAAUUAACAUAGAUAUUACUGUUACAUCAACUUGUGAUAGUAUAGGUGCUGAUAUUGUUGAUACAACAGGACAAAAUAUGAUGUUAUUUGGAGAAUUAAAAUCUGAUGAUACUUGGUGGGAAAUGACAAAAGAAUUGACACAACAUUUCGAAAAAAUGCGUGUAUUCAAUGCAUAUUUAAGAGAAGAAUAUAAUUCAAUGAAUGACAUAUUAUGGAUUUUUGAUGAUUAUAAUACAUUAAAAAAUAAAAUAUCUGUUAAGAGAGUUAAACAUUUAUUGAUACUGUAAAAAUAAUAUAGUAAUAUAUAUACCUGGUUACAUAUACAAUUCAUAAAUAUUAAAUAAAUCAAUGGUGAGCUAAUGUUCCCUUUAACAUAAUUUAGUAGCCCAUGCAAUACAAUGUUAAAAUACAAUUUUUAUUAUUGCAAAACAAUGUUCAUAAUCACUAUUUAUUGUUGGAAAAUUUGUUAAAUAAGCUUAAAGUAAUAUAAUAUAAUAUAAUUAUUGUGUAUAAACUAUAAACCAUUUUAGAAUAUUAUGAUUGUAUAUUAAUUAUUGUUGUAUAAUAUUAGUAGGGGAACCUAAUGAUCAAAUCAUUAAAUCCUAUUGUACAGAAUCCUCUACUUGAUGCAGCUUUAAAUUUACAAUAAAUAAAUGCUUGACAAUAUUAAUAAUAAUUUAAUGAUCAAAUAAAUAACUAAAAAAUGUUUUACUUCAUUAUAAAAACAACAAAUUAAUGCCUCGUAAGUUGAAACCAAAUUUUUGUUCAGAAUAACCAACAUAAUGCUGUUAGUCAUCAAUAAUUACACUCUUCGCUAAGCUUUUCUAGAUUAAUUGUAUUGAUGUGUUCUUCUAAUAGCAAUACUAAACUAUUUAUAUCCAAUAUCCAAACCGAAUGAAUGAUAGUUUUUUUAAUAAUUUAUCUCAUGUUUAUAAGUAGGUACUACAGGAAAUCUAUUUGUUUGCUUCAAACUUGCUUCAAGCUUCUGGAAUUAGAUGAUCAUAUUCAAACAGUUGUCCGCGAUAUUGGAAAACAUGGGAUGGAUAUAGAAUAUGGGUUGAGUAUGGAAAUUGGAAGCCCUGUGCAUGGACUAUUGAUCCAUUCUUAGCUUUCCGAAGAACUGUAUUCAUUAUAUUGGCGUGCAGAAAUUAUUUUUGAAGCUUCCUCCUUUAUACGCAAUAGAGAAUGUCAAAUUGCUGGAGGACAAUGUGCCAUAGACUUAUCAAAAGUGAAACUAGACAAGACAUCUUAGGGUAAGAUUUGUGUGUCCAUGUAUUACAACAAAACUGCAUGCAUCAGGAUGAACUUGAAGUAUCGUAGUCUUGACGGUUCUUGUAAUAACUUGAAAUGUUCCUCCUCGGGAAAAGCAUCCACGGCUCUAUAAACGUUUGCUCUUAAUAACUAUAUGGAUAGUUUUAAUGAAGUUUUCGAAGAUUCUUUUUCGUCUUACAAACCAAGUCCUAGAAAGCUGAGGGUUGAAUUUGUCAAAGACGAGCACUCACCAGAUUACUUUAAAACAGGGCUUGCAAACGUUAUAAUAACGUUAUGAUUAUAACGUUAUGUUUGAUAAAAAACGAUUGAAAUUUGUAAACGUAAUUAUAACGAAAAACGAUAAACAUAAAUAAAUAAAUAACACAAAACAAAACGUAACGUUUAACAAAAUAUAUGAUAUAUCAUUAAACAAAACAUAACGCAAAACGGUAUAUAUUGUAUUCCAUUAAACAAAAUAAUUAAUUUCCAAUUAUUUAAUAAUACUUAGUAUUAUUCAAUUAUUUAUUCGAUCCAAGAAUUAAUUUUAUCCCGUAUCCGGCCUAUCCGGGAGAUCCCGUAUUAGAUUUAUUUUAAAAUUUAAUAAGAAGGUAUGAAUAGAAUAAUUUAAUUACCAAUAGCUAAUAAUAGUGAUACUCUGAUAAUAUUGUACUGUACUAUCUGUACUACGGUCGGAAUUUAUACCAUUCAAGUUAUUCAACUAUUGUGUUCGGUGAUCAUUGGUAUUUAUUUUGUUAUUUGUGAAUGUUCUAUUUAAUAAUGGUAAUAUGGUAAUAAGUAUAAUUUAGAUAGUAUAAAUUAUACUAUGUUGUCUACACUCUAUAGUAUAUUAGCUAUGUACACACUUUUAUAUUGCCAAUACAUAUUAUUUAACUUUUAACAACAUAAAUUAUAGAUUCUGAUUAUUUUGUCAAUUGUAGGAAGGUAUAAAAUAAAUGUUGACAAAGUAUGUCAAAACAAUCAGAGUAAAAUAUGUUUGAAACAUAGAUUCCUGCUUAAAUGAUAUUCUCAAGCACAAUAUUGUAAAACUUACUAAAUAAUUUUAACAUUUAAAAACCUAAUAAUACGUUCAACAUUUCAAAAUAAUGAUCAUGAUUUUUUUUUUUAUAUUUAUUAUUUUAUAAUAAAGUCCUUAGAGCCUAGGCAAUUUAUUAAAUUCAAUAAUACAUUAUCACUUAUAACUUAAGAUUAAUUAUCAUCAUACUGUUUUAUCAUUUAUUUUGUUUCCAUUUCUUUACGAACUAUGUAUAUUGUAAUUUAAUCUGUAUCACUGUACUCUAUAUUUUGUAAAUAAUAUGUAAUUGGGUUAUCUAACCCAUUUAAUUAAAUAAAUAAAAUUACACAAUACCUACUUAAAACUCAGAAUAGGGAAAUUAUGUCCCCAAAAAAGGUCAUAGUCAUAUACUUUUAAAUUGCGGCCUGUGUACUUUUAAAACAGGUAUCUAAAUACUUUUAAAUAUUAAAUAACGAUAAACGCAAAAAUUGUAUAACGUUUUAAUUAUGAAUAACGUUAAACGCAAAAAUUGUAUAACGUUUUAAUUCUGAAUAACGAUAAACACAAAAGUUGAAUAACGUUUAAAUUUUGAAUAACGAUAAACUCAAAAUUUGUAUAACGUUUUGAUUGUAAAUAACGUAAAACAAUAUUUUUUUUUCAAAUGCAAGCCCUGCUUUAAAACGAUGGCAAUGGCGUACUGGACGAUUUUUGUAGGCCAUGAUCAAUCUCACGCGGAAAUUUCUAGAAUGAUGAAUAGUAAUAAAUCCGUGAGCUGUUGUUCAAAUAGCCGGAAGGAGCUCAUGCCUCGAGACAUACACCUCGAGUUGUGCUUGCAAGUAGUGAUACCGGGUAAAGAUCCAUUUUUCAGAAACCAUAUUCGUUUUAUGAACUACGGUCGUUCGGUGCCAGCUGUGUGUUCCGAUUGUACUUUUGACCCAAGGAACAAAUUCAAAAAUUGCCGCAAAACAAUCAACUGCGCGGACUAAAGCAACAGCAAUCAUCAAAAAUAUAUUGGCACCACAUUCUUUGCAAACAAUUAAAGAAGAGAUUGAACAAGUUCCUUUCUAUGGAGUUCUUACGGACGCUAGCAAUCAUAAUGCGGAAAAAUUGUUUCCUCUUAUUAUUCAAUAUUUUUCCGAAACAAAAGGUAUGCAAUUAAAAUUAAUAAAGCUUAAUUCUUUGGAAAAUGAAACUUCAGAGACUAUAGUGAAAUUUUGUGUUGAUACAUUAAAUAAUUUAAAUAUUUCUUUACAUAAACUAAUCGCGUACAGUGCAGAUAAUACAAAUACUAAUUUUGGUGGGAGAGACAGACAUGGAACAAACAAUGUUUACUUUAAACUUCAAUCCAUAUUAUCUAAAGAUAUCGAAGGCAUAGGUUGUCCAGCUCAUAUUUUACAUAAUACAGCGUCUACAUCCGCUGACGUACUUUCUGUUGACGUGGAGUCUAUAGUACUUAAAAUUUAUAAAUAUUUUUCCAUAUUUACUGUAAGAAAUGAACGUCUUAAAUCAUUUUGUGAGGAGGCUGAUGUACAUUAUGCUAAUUUACAGUCUCAUUCGAGAACUCGAUGGCUGUCUUUGUUGCCAGCAAUUGAACGUAUUCUACAGUUAUGGGAACCACUAAAAAAUUUCUUUCUCGAAGAAACAAGACCACCAAAAGCAAUCGUCGAUUUUUUCAAAAAUCCGUUGUCACAAAUUUAUUUCUUGUUUUUACAUUGUCAAACAUUUUUAUUUGAGAAACAAAUCAAAAGAAUAGAAAAAUCUGAUAUUACCAUUAUAGAAGUCAAAAAAAUUAUAAACGAUUUAGAACAAACACUUUCAGAACGCGCCGAAGCUAACUUUUUGGGAAUCAAAACUAAAAUUGAAUAUAAUAAAAUAAAAGACGAUGCUCAGCUUUUUGUUUCGAUAAAAUUAUUCGACGAAGAAGUCGAUAAUUAUUACAAAACGGCACGGGAGUAUUUACAACAGUGGAGUAACCCUCUUAUAAAAUUUGAGGUAUUUUCAUGGAUGGAUCUUACUUCUUCGCUGCAAUGGCAAGAAGUUGAAAAGACAAUAACUUAUUUAAAAGAAAAGGGAAUUGAUAUUACGGAUAGUUGCUUUGAAGAAAUAUUGUAUUUUAAAAACUUCAUAGACAAACAGAAAUUUGAUGAAGAUUGGAAUUAAAAAAAUAUGCAUGACAAAUGGUUACAUUUCUUUCAAAAAACUGAUGUAUUGGAAAGAAAACGUAAUUUAAUUUUAAUGUGCCAAUACUUAUAUGCUAUUCCUGGUCAUAACGCUAAUGUUGAAAGGAUAUUUUCACUGAUAAUGGCCCAGUGGACAAAAGAACGUAACCGUCUUCAAGUAGAAACUGUAGAAAGUAUCAUUCAAUGCAAAUUUAAUUUCAAAAUGACUUGUUCGGAAUUUCAUAUGUAUGUUAUGGGAAAACCAGAGCUAUUGAAACAGGUGAAAAAGUCAGAAAAAUAUAAUAUUUCAAAAUAAAUAAAUAAAUAAUAUUUCAUUAAUCAAAUGUAUCUUCUAAUUUAAUGUCUUUCAUAAUUCAAUACUAUUAUUUUUUUUUCUAUAUAUAUAUAUAUUAAUUAUACUGUGUUCUAAAUUUUAAUAUUAAAAAAAGGUUGUUCAAAUUAUUUUUGUAAAUGUCCCGGUCAGUACUUGGACUUUUAUGGCAACCCUACGCUAAUCGCUAUCAAGUAGGCCUAUAUUUAUUACUAUUACAGUUAAAAACACUCAGUGGCGUCAUUUCAGUUUUUAAUAGAAGGGGGCAAAAGUUUUGACCAGACCAAAUGGGUAACUUAAAAAAAAAAACUACUCGCAAGCACAUAUUAAUAUAUUAUUAUGUUCCUUUUCCUUCAUUAGACACAAACAUGCAUACCUACUUUCACGCAUGUCUACACAUAGCUACAUAUGUAAUAUAUGUAGCUAUUAUGUAAUAUAUAUUAUCCACACAAUAUGUAUUUAUAUUAUAAAUAAUAAGUGUUCGUGCCAAUAUGGCCCUCGUUUUUAUAUGUGUUUAUUAUCAAUGUUUUGUAUCGAUCUUAUCGCGUGUAUUGCGGCGCGGUCGAUGAUAGCAACAGCUGUCAUGGGCUGACCGCUUCGGUGCGCGCGAGGGAUCGUUAUUUUCCGUGAUAAGUGUAAAAGUGAUAAGUGUCUUCUGUAAAAUUUGUUAUGUAAAUUGUACUUGUGAGUUGUGAAUAGUUUAAAUCAUGCUUUCAGUGUCACAAAGGGGGAUGGGGACAGUUGGGCCCCGUGAUAAGAGUUGGGUCCCGUGAUAAGAAAUUAUAAUUGAUAACCUUAAUCAAGAGUUCAAAUUCUAACCUCAAAUAAAAAAAUUACAAUUUAAUACCAACCGU